CCAAUUACUAAUUAACGGUUUAACCUAAUCUUCUAAUCCUAUCCAAUCUAAUCUCUCCCACAACAAAGAGUGCGACAACCUCUGUUGUUCCAUGGGGCCAUGAUGCAUCUUCCUCUUCUCCAAACCAUCGAGCUGGAUAACAUGGCCAGGAUUGAUGAUGAUUAGCACUCGCUCACUGCACCUACGCCGCCGGCCAAUGGGGCCGCGCCAGGUAGGCUGCUAACGCAACGGGUGGAGACUGGAGACUAUAAAUGCCACCGGGAGGAAGGACUCCUCGGCAAACACGCACAGACGCAGCUUCUUUGCUUGUCUAAUCCCUCCCUCGCACUAGUCGACCGAAGCAUUCUUCCUAGUUCGAUCUCGAUCCAUAGAUUCUAUGCCAAUGGAGGCAAGAGAUGGCGUCUCGAUGCCCUACUCGUAUGCGGCCCUGCCGGAGGACGCCGAGGCAGCGGUGGUUGGGCGCGGUCGCCGGACCGGGCCUCUGUUCGCAGCGUUGCUGUUGACGUUGGCCGCCGCGCUCCUUGCCGUCGCCGCGCUGGCUGGCGUCAGGCUCGUUGGCGAGCUGCCUGCCGGGGGCGUCGUCAUGCCCAACCACCCGAUGGAAGUCAUGGACGUCAGCCGUAGCAGAGGGCCUGAGUCAGGCGUGUCGGAGAAGACGUCCGGGGCCGCCAGCGAGAGCGGCGGCAUGCUGGGCGCAGAAGCCGGCAGCAACGCGUUCCCGUGGAGCAAUGCGAUGCUCCAGUGGCAGCGCACCGGCUUCCACUUCCAGCCCGAGAAGAACUGGAUGAACGACCCCAACGGUCCGGUCUACUACAAGGGGUGGUACCACCUCUUCUACCAGUACAACCCGGAGGGCGCAAUCUGGGGCAACAAGAUCGCGUGGGGCCAUGCCGUGUCCCGGGACAUGCUCCAGUGGCGCCACCUCCCCAUCGCCAUGUUCCCCGACCAGUGGUACGACAUCAACGGCGCAUGGUCAGGCUCCGCCACCGUGCUCCCCGACGGCCGCAUCGUCAUGCUCUACACGGGCUCCACCAACGCCUCCGUGCAGGUCCAGUGCCUCGCCUUCCCCUCCGACCCCUCCGACCCGCUGCUCACCAACUGGACCAAGUAUGAGGGCAACCCGGUGCUGUACCCGCCUCCGCACGUCGGGGAGAAGGACUUCCGGGACCCGACCACUGCGUGGUACGAUGGCUCCGAUGGAAUGUGGCGGAUCGUCAUCGGGUCCAAGGACAACCGCCACGCCGGCAUGGCCAUGACCUACAAGACCAAGAACUUCAUUGAUUUUGAGCUCAUCCCUGGAUUGUUGCACCGGGUGCCGGCGACGGGGAUGUGGGAGUGCAUCGAUUUGUACCCGGUUGGCGGCGCGAGGGGCAUUGACAUGACAGAUGCCGUCGCGGCGGCAUCAAACGGCGGCGGAGAAGUUUUGCAUGUCAUGAAGGAGAGUUCGGAUGACGAUCGACACGAUUACUAUGCGCUAGGGAGAUACGACGCGGCGACAAACAAGUGGACGCCGCUAGAUGCCGAAGCCGAUGUCGGCAUCGGGCUGAGGUACGACUGGGGAAAGUUCUACGCAUCCAAGACCUUCUAUGACCCGGCCAAGAAGAGGCGUGUGCUAUGGGGAUGGGUCGGCGAGACCGACUCUGAGCGCGCCGACGUGGCCAAGGGAUGGGCUUCCCUACAGUCGAUCCCUCGCACGGUGGUGCUGGAUACCAAGACGGGCAGCAACCUUAUCCAGUGGCCGGUGGUCGAGGUGGAGACGCUCCGUACGAACUCCACCAACCUCGGCAGCAUCAUCGUCGAGCAUGGCACCGUCUUCCCUCUCAGCCUCCACCGGGCCACACAGCUCGACAUCGAGGCUUCCUUCCGCCUGGACCCGCUCGAUGUCGCCGCCGCGAAGGAGGCCGACGUUGGCUACAACUGCAGCACCAGCGGUGGUGCGGCGGGCCGAGGCGCGCUCGGUCCCUUCGGCCUGCUCGUGCUAGCCGAUGCCAGGCGCCAUGGCGGGGACACGGAGCAGACCGCCGUCUACUUCUACGUCGCGAGGGGCCUCGAUGGCAGUCUGCGCACGCACUUCUGCCAUGACGAGUCACGGUCAUCCCGUGCCAACGACAUUGUCAAGAGGGUCGUCGGCAACGUCGUGCCGGUGCUCGACGGAGAGGCUCUGUCUGUUAGGGUUCUGGUGGACCACUCCAUCGUUGAGAGCUUCGCGCAGGGCGGGAGGUCGGCGGUGACUUCACGAGUUUACCCGACCGAGGCCAUCUAUGCCAACGCCGGGGUGUACCUCUUCAACAACGCCACCGGUGCCCGGGUCACCACUACCAGUCUCGUCGUCCAUGAAAUGGACUCCUCCUACAACCAGAACCAGGCCGAGAUGGCUUCAUUGUAAAUCGAAGAUGUACAUAUUUUUUUGGUGAUAGCCCAUGUUGCAUGCAUACGUGCUGAACAGUGAUCGAGGGAGCCUGGAUCCUGGAUCGAGCCAAGGCGAACGUGCAUCCCCGCAGGCACCACCCAAAACAAAACAAAAGACGUGAGCGAGGCGAAACACAGGCCGGAAUAGACUGCCAUGUUUAGACUGGGAAAAAAGUGCCCAGAGCGUUUUGAUGAAUUCAAAUCAAUGGAUUGUUUGCUCGAAAUCA